AUGUGCAUUUUAGUGACGCCUAGCAGGCGAAUCAGGAUGCAGCACGCUGCACAGAGAGCUGUGCGCUCGGCCGCAGCAGUGUCUAUGACGACCGAGGCGGCCUGGCGCCGGUGAGCCGUCCCGCAUCUACCUCACCGCCCUCGACUAUCUUCCCCUUGCUCGGCGAAAGAAUUGAGUGCAGGCGCCGGUCACCAUGUCGCACGAGGCAGUCAGCGAUGGGCCCACCAUCCAGACAUCAACUGCGCCGGUCCAACAGGGGGAUGCUGUCCAUCUCUCUCGGGAUAACAGUAAGAAAGCUAAGAAAAAAAAGUUCAAGGCAAAAGCCGCCGACGAUGAUUCAGAUGGAGAAUGCGCAGAGGGCAGCCACGAGAUGAGCUUUCUCUGCCGCCGCCCACUCACCAAGAUUGCACCAGCCCAGCCCAUCUCGCUCGCUUUCCUCCAUCGUAUCGUCCGCGAGCACAAGGCAAAGGCUACUGCACAGGCGUCUGCUGCAGCAGCCGCAGUGGCUGCGUCGGUGGCACCGAGCCUCGAGAAGGCAAGCCUGGAGAAUGGUCUACCCGGCGAGCCUUACAGAGCCAAACGUCCUGCAACUCCGCACGAAGUCCUCAAUCCCAGCGGAGUAAAAAUGGAUCAAGAUGCUCCAAGUACGACACUCGAUAGCAGGAGCUCCUUUUCGACGGCACUUAGUGCAACAAGCAACAGCGGCAAUGUACUCACAACAGGUGCGAUAGCCGUGCCCCUCUUGCCUCACAGCACCGGUUCGAGCGAAACAGGCGCAGCAUCUUUCUGCAGUUCUUCUUCUGCCUUCUCCUCUAUAUCCAGCACGGCUUUCUCAUUGUUUUCAUCGCACGACGGCGUGGGUUCGGGAAAAAGUCGGGCAGAUAUGGACACCGAAGGUUUAACAGAGGACAAAGAGCCACCGUGGUUUUCCUCGUUGGUCGACCGACCGGAGCUGCGCAGCGCAGGCAUUCCUCUCAUCCGUCCGCUUGCUUCGGGUGCUGGCGCUGCGAGCAAAGACGGCGUAAAGGGUAAGACUCGCUUGUUUGAUCUCCUCGAUGGAGAAGAGGCUGCACAGUCAGCGGCCAAGGCCGGAUCAGCUCGUGCAAGCAGAGAUGGCAUUGCGACGCCCAUGCAAGCCAGCGUGGAGUUGCCGCCGCUGAGUGGGUCUGCCCUGCUGCCACGGCCUCCGCCGCCGCCACCGGCGCCGCCGCCGCCACCAGAUCUGUACGACGAGCCAUUGAUACCGCCUGACAACUUUGCCAUGGUCAAUUCGUUCGUCUAUCGCUCAUCCUUCCCGAAGAAGAAGCAUUUCCCAUUUCUGCGCACCCUCGGCCUCCGCUCCAUCCUCACGCUCAUCUUGGAAGAAUACCCAGAGCAGAACAAUAAGUUCCUCGACGAGAACGGCAUCACGUUUUUCCAAUACGGCAUCCCGGGCAACAAGGAGCCAUUUGUGCACAUUCCGCACGACAAGAUCACCGCCGCCCUCUGCACCAUCCUCGACCGGCGCAACCACCCAAUGCUGAUACACUGCAACAAGGGAAAACACCGGACCGGCUGCCUUGUCGGGUGUCUGCGCAAGCUGCAGACAUGGAGCCUCACGGCCGCCUUUGACGAGUACCGCCGUUUCAGCUUCCCCAAGAGCAGGAGCAUGGACCAGGAGUUCAUGGAGCUCUACCGCGAGCACAGCGUUUGGGAGCAAGUCGACCCGCGCUGGCUGCCGCACUGGGCGGUAUUGCCCCCCAAGCAGCUCGCGCGAAUCGCAUCGGCCGCAAGUAGCAUGAACACCGGCGGACCGUCUGCCUCACCUGAUGCACAGUCUAACUCAACUAUAGCAGCAACUGGGCAAGUGGAUACCCACGCAGAUGCAGUUGCAAACGACGGAGAUAUCGAGAGCGAGGUGAUUCCAAGGGGAAUGUGAACAUCGAAUGUGCGCAUGCUUACCUUUCAAAGAAAUUGUAGAAUGUAAUACAGUUCAUGCAGGGUACUUGCUGUGUUUAACAUGCCGUGUGAAACAAGAAAAUACAGUAAACAAAGCGAGUUCAAACAGCAGAGAUCGUUGUGUGUUUCUGGCGUGUAGCUUGUCAGACAGAACGAUGAAUA